CGCGAGCUGCAGCCGUGAAACAAGCUCGAUUGUCAAGUUAGGUAAUGUAAGUGCCAUAAUGACGAGAGUACCACCUACUCCCAGUCAGUUACAUUAACAAAACACAACCCUUACACCUAGGUAUUGAUUGGGCAAAAUCCGAGACACCAACUGUGGAUAUAAAGUAAAAUGAAUAACUGGAAGCUUGGAAGGGACGGUAUCCAAAUCGCAGUUUUUAAGUGUUACUGAUGCUGAGGCCGGAUGUAGAAAGGCAGCAGACGUUGUAGAAAGCGAUGCCACUUUACAAACUGAUUGUCGCCUACGAUGGUACUCGCUUUAACGGAUUCCAGCGUCAAUCUACAACGACCGAUAUGUCCAAGAAGAUUGCUCUAAAAAGGCCGCACUGGGAUUCUGCGACGGGCAAACGGAAGGGUAUCGCGUUGACUGUCCAAGAAUGUCUUGAACAAGCCCUUAUGGAUUGGACGGGCAACGAAACAAACGUGGAAGCCUUCCGAUUCCGUUUUGCCGGGCGGACCGACAAGGGGGUGCAUGCAAGGGGUCAAGUAGUGGCGGUACAGCUACCGAUUGUUGUGGAGCCAACCGAGUUGUGGAGGGUGCAUAAGGCACUCAACAGCCGUCUUCCGGUGGAUAUCUCAGUAGAAAGGGUGGAAUUGUGUGAGAAUCAGUUGGAUUUUGAUCCUCGCCAUGAUGUUCAGAGCAAGCAGUAUUCCUACACUAUAAAGUUUCGUCGAAAGGCAUACAAUGAGGAAGGGCAACUUCUUCCUAUCUGUACAUCAGGACCCCAAUCGGCUCGGAGUGCUAUGGAUUCCCCUUGUCUUUGGCUUUGUCCAUGGGUGUUGGACGAUUCGAAACUAUACGAGCUCUGUCAACGUUUGCAAGGGCAGCACAGCUUUCGUUCGUUUGUACACCGUGCCGAUCGCAACCUUCGUGAUCACAUCUUGACGUUGGACCGCGUGUGGGUGGAAGCCUUGUCGUGUACACGCGAAGACGCGCCGGUAGUGACAGUUCGUCUAUGGUUUCAGGCUAAAGGCUUUCGCCGAUCCAUGGUCCGCAAUCUAGUAGGUUUUUGUGUCGACGUGUGUCGCGGAAUGUACCAGCCCGAUUGGGAUGCACUGUGGGAGGGUUCGGACGAGAUUGCACAGAAAGUUCAUUCUGCACCUGCCUGCGGAUUAUGUUUAGAAUCCGUUGCGUACUCAUAA